GGCUUCUGGGAGUUGCAGUUUGAAAGCAGAUCCAGGCCUGGAGGCAUCUUUGGAAGCUACUCAGUUCCGGGUCCUAGCAAUGUGAAACUACAAGUCCCAGAGUCCUUAGAGAAAGCCGUAGUCAAGUUGCCGGUGGAAUUGGCCCAGGAUGACAGCUGGAGAAUGGAGUCAGUUAUGUCCAAGUAUGAAAACCAGAUUAUUAUUUUCACUGACUACCUAGAAGAAUUCCCGGAUACAGAUGAGCUGGUAUGGAUCCUGGGGAAGCAGCAUCUCCUUAAGACAGAAAAAUCUAAGCUGUUGUCUGAUAUAAGUGCUCGGCUAUGGUUUACAUACAGAAGGAAAUUUUCACCGAUUGGGGGAACAGGCCCUUCAUCUGAUGCCGGCUGGGGAUGUAUGCUGCGCUGUGGGCAGAUGAUGCUGGCUCAAGCCCUCAUCUGCAGACACUUGGGAAGAGAUUGGAACUGGGAGAGACAAAAAAAACAACCCAAAGAAUACCAAAGGAUACUGCAGUGUUUCCUCGAUAGAAAAGACUGUUGCUAUUCAAUCCAUCAGAUGGCACAAAUGGGUGUAGGAGAAGGGAAAUCAAUUGGCGAAUGGUUUGGACCAAAUACAGUUGCACAGGUGAUAAAAAAACUCGCUUUAUUUGAUGAAUGGAAUUCCUUGGCUGUUUAUGUUUCAAUGGAUAACACAGUGGUCAUUGAAGAUAUCAAGAAAAUGUGCUGUGUUCUUCCUGUGGGUGCUGCUGAUACAGCUGGUGAGAGCCCUCCUGAUUUUCUGACUGCUUCCAGUGAGAGCAAAGGCACCUCUGCCCUGUGCCCAUCCUGGAAACCCCUGCUGCUUAUUGUGCCCCUUCGUCUGGGCAUAAACCAAAUCAAUCCUGUGUAUAUCGAAGCGUUCAAAGAGUGUUUUAAGAUGCCACAGUCUUUAGGGGCUUUAGGAGGAAAGCCAAAUAACGCCUAUUAUUUCAUAGGAUUCUUAGGUGAUGAGCUCAUUUUCUUGGACCCUCACACAACCCAGACCUUUGUUGACACUGAAGAGAGUGGACUAGUAGACGACCAGACUUUUCAUUGCCUGCAGUCUCCACAGCGAAUGAGUAUCCUGAACUUGGAUCCUUCUGUGGCCUUGGGAUUUUUCUGCAAAGAAGAGAAAGACUUUGAUAAUUGGUGUAGCCUUGUUCAGAAGGAAAUUCUAAAGGAGAAUUUGAGGAUGUUUGAAUUAGUUCAGAAACACCCAUCACACUGGCCUCCCUUUGUACCGCCAGCCAAGCCAGAAGUGACAACCACAGGGGCAGAAUUCAUAGACUCUACUGAACAACUGGAGGACUUUGACCUGGAGGAAGAUUUUGAGAUUCUGAGUGUGUAGGAUAGUGAAAACUCAAUGAGGUGGUCUUCUGCCUUCCAUCUGGCAUCACAAGAACAUGAGCUUGUUACAUAAAACUUUUCUGGUCAGCAAGUGCCUGAUAUGCCAAUAGCAUACAAACUCAAUAGCAAUUAUGACUGAGCCAAUUGUCCUAUUUUCAUAAAUAAAACAGAAACAGCAAAUCAAUGACACCAAGUCAUCCCUGAAAGACAGAGAAAAAUAUGGAGCCUAGGAGAAGAUUCAGACUCCAUUGCUUCCCAUCUCGUCUUACACAGUGACAGCAAGUCUUCAGCAACUGAAAUGAGGGCAUUUGGAAGACAGACAGAAUCUCCCAUCUUGCUGCAACUAUGGGCAGAUGAGAGAUGGUUAUACUAUAUUUCUUCACCAUUUCAGGUGGGGCUAAAUACUAAGAAGAAAUCUGUUUUCUUGCUCAAAUAAUAAAAUAAAGGAAUCAGGGAGAAAUACUCUUGUUAAAUUAUCUGAAUAUGCAGUUUACAUAAUUAUAAUUUUUAAUCAAAAUAUUUGUCAAGAUGAUGUCAAAUGUAUACUUCUUAAUUGUCUUCCGUUUUGGAGAAACCUAUUUGAUAGGCCACAAUCUCCAUCCUUACUGAUACGUUCAUUAGAUGUCACCAUAUCCUUAAAUCAAACCAUGAUCACUUGAAGCAGAGGUCAGCAAACUUUUUCUGUAAAGAUAAUAUUUUAGUCUUUGUAGGCCGUGUGGCCUUUGUCAUAACUAUUCUACUCUGUAAAAGCAGCCCUAGACAAUAUGCAUGUGACUGGGCAAGGCUGUACUCUAAUACAACUUGAUUUACAAACAAGUGGAGGGCUGGACUGGCCUUACCAAUAGUUCACUUAAAGCAUUGAUUUUUGUUUGAAGGAUUAAAUAAAUUGUUUGAAUUAUA